ACAACAACAACAAUAACACUUAGAACUACGAACCAAGAAUAACAACAGCGGGCAAAUAUUUUAUUGGGCAGCUCGGUCAGAUUAUCAGUUUUCGUCAAAAAUCCACCAAAAUUAUUCGCAACAUGGACGAGUCGGAACUGCUAUUCAAUCUCUUCUACUUCCUGCUGUGCAUGGUCAUCAUUUAUCCCCCGGAGGAGUUCCAACGGCUGGGCUUCACCAUCGAGCAAUUGUUUUCUCGGUUUCUGGGCGAAGAGUACCUGGACUUUGUGGGAUACCACCUGCGCCGCACCUCGCUCAAUCUCUUCGUGCACUCCUGCCUGCCGUUCUCCUACUUUCUCAUCCACAGGCUCAAGUUCUCCGUCUUUGCCACGCAGGAGCCUUUGGAGGAUUCCGAUCUUGACCCAGAUUUCCCGAUGCCCCAGGAGGCGGUGGCGUUCAAGACGCUGACGUGGAAGACCGCCCAGCGGUUCAGUGUGCUGGCCGUUUUGGCCGUGCCCGCCCUCAUCUUCAACUGGCAUCAGCAGAACUGGCGCCGACACCCGAUCUGCAAGGCCCUGUCCAAGUACUCCAACUCGCCGGGCAGCUACAGUGCCGUGGCCAGCGACAUUGGCACCGAGUUCCGCCGUCCGGAAAUAUACAAGAAGAAGCUGAACUCCAUCAGCACUGUGAUUGCCACACAGAACUGGAUAAUCAAGACCACCAUGUACAAUGUGCAUUUCGCUCACCAGAGCAACACGUCGCUCAGCGUGGCCAAGGCGGAGACAUACAACAUAUCGCAUCACGACCAGAACGACACUCUGCAGAUGAUCAGCAUUGUGGUGCGGCCGAUGAGACAGGGCGUGAGCGACUUUCACAUACGUAUCAACGCGUUGGAGUUCAGGAACCUGGAGGACCGUGUGCGUCGGCCCAUCGCCAUACCCUCCAACAUCCAGUUCCACCGCAACGUCAUCGACCGCUUCGUGGACGUGUUCAAGACGCAGGUCGCCCUAAAUCCCGUCUUUCAGGCGGAAUCCACCACAGACAAGUGCUUCGCCUGCAUGCUGAACGAACCAAACACCAAGAUCCACAAGCAGUGUGCCGACCUGGAUCGCCAUGGCGCUCCACUUGCGGAAGCGGCGUGCUGCUCCAACUGCUACUGCCGACCCAUGUGGUGCGUGGAGUGCCUGGCACGGUGGUUUGCCGCCCGCCAAACCGACGUGGAUCGCGAGGUGUGGCUGGAGCAGAAGUGCACCUGCCCCAUGUGCCGGGCCAAGUUCUGUGUGCUCGAUGUCAGCUACAUUAGACCAUCUCCGUAUCGCGGAGCAGAACACGAGGCUGAUGAUACCACGUGAUUAACGACUGUUAAAGUAACAAUUAAACGACUCUUAAACCGAA